UUCUGUGAGAGCAUCAAUCUUAUCACCUUUGGUCUAGUCAGUGAAUAAAAAAAUUUCCACACAACAGUGCACAGAAAACAGAGAAAGGAAACCAUAGUGAAACUACAUGACAGAAAGGCAUAAAUUCCAGGAAGCACCCAUAACACUUGAGUCGUCUAGCUUAUAAAUAUUGAGAGUAGUAGUCUCUUCUGGUUCACAGAAACAUAAUCUUCUCUUUACAGUAUUCUAAACCUUUAGCUUUUGUCUUUUUACCACCUGAGAAACUUAUGGCAGAAGCAAUCUUUUCCGGCGUUGUGGAGGCGAUCAUUGACAACUUGGCUUCUGCUGCAGUGCAAGAGAUCGGAUUGUUAUGGGGUUUUAGUAACGAGCUUGAAGAACUCGAAAACAUUGUAUCAGCAGUCAAAGCUGUACUUCUUGAUGCAGAGGAGCAGCGGGUUCAUAGCAAUCAAGUCAAAAAUUGGCUCAAGAGGCUUCGAUUUGCAGUUUAUGAUGCUGAUGACUUGCUGGAUCGUUUAUUAACCGAAGCUUUGAGACGAAGAGUGAUGCCUGGAAAUGAAUUUUCCCAGCAGGUAUGCACUUUCUUUUCAACCUUGAAACAACUUGCUUUUAGGUUGAAAAUGGUUCACAAAAUGAAAGAUGUUAGGAAGAAACUAGCUGGGAUUGCGGCUAAUAGGAAAGACUUUUGUUUGGAGGAGCGGCGUGAAGAGACUAGAGUUGUUAGUAGAGUGAGGGAACAAACACAUUCGUUUGUACCCGAGGAACAAGUUAUUGGGAGGGAAAAAGAUAGAAUAGCAAUUGUAGAAAGCUUGCUGGAUGACAAAGUUGAUGAGACUUUGUCUAUCAUUUCCAUUGUUGGCAUAGGUGGAUUAGGGAAAACUGCACUUGCCCAACUUGUUUUCAAUGAUGAGAAAGUGCAACAACAUUUUGAGCUAAAAAUGUGGGUCUGUGUCUCAGAUGUCUUUGAUUUGAAGAUAAUUGUUGAAAAUAUCAUUAAGUCUGCAACAAAUGAGAGCCCGAAUAAUCUUGAAAUGGAUCAGUUGCAAUAUCUCCUUGGGAGAGUACUGUUUGGAAAACAAUACCUCCUUGUACUUGAUGAUGUAUGGAAUGAAAACCGUAAAAAAUGGUUAAGUUUAAAAAAUUUGUUGGCACAUAGUGAAAAAGGAAGUAGAAUCCUAAUUACUACCCGUAGUAAAAUGGUUGCAGAGAUUAUUAGCACAGUGCAGCCAUUUCAAUUAGGGAUUCUAGAUGAAGAAAACUCUUGGUCCCUAUUUGAAAAGAUGGCUUUUAAGGAAGGGAAGGAAGAGACAAAAAACUCCAACAUUGUUAAAACUGGAAUGGAGAUUGUGAAAAUUUGCCGUGGAAUUCCUCUUGCCAUAAGAACAAUAGGAAGCAUGUUAUACUUCAAAAAUCCAAAAACAGAAUGGCCUUCCUUCAGUAAGAAGGAGCUUUUCGAAAUUUCUCAAGAGGAAGAUGGCGGUAUUUUGCCGACUCUGAAAUUGAGUUAUGAUCAUCUUCCAUCACAUUUGAAACAUUGUUUUGCCUAUUGUAGAUUAUUUCCAAAAUAUCAUAAGAUUGAUGUGCAAACAUUGAUAAAUCUUUGGAUGGCACAAGGGUUUAUUAAGCUAAAAGAUUCAAGUCAAUGUCCAGAAGACAUAGGUUAUGAGUAUUUUAUGGAUCUACUUUGGAGAUCCUUCUUUCAAGAAGUAGAAAAAGAUGAGUUUGACAAUGUAACAACGUGCAAAAUGCAUGAUCUCAUGCAUGAUCUUGCAAUAUCAGUAGCAGGUUCAGAGUGUACCAUGUUAAGUUUAAGUCACACAAAUAUUGAUGAAGGAAUGCGUCAUGUGUCAUUUGAUUGUAAUAUAGAUUCACCACAGAGAAUUUCAACUCUGUUAAAUCAAGCAAAAAGGAUUAGAACAAUUCUUUUGCCUAAUCAAGCAUCGCCAGAAGGUGUUGUAAAUCUGGAUGAGAAAAUUUAUCAUAAGGCUGUUAUCCAUUUCAAGUUCUUACGUACAUUGGAUCUUCAUUUUUUAGAUCUUAAAGAAGUGUCAGAUUCCAUUGGUAAGUUGAGGCACUUGAGGUAUCUUGAUCUUUCUGAUAAUGGAGAGAUCAAGGCGUUGCCCAAUUCUAUCACCGAACUCUAUAAUCUGCAGACAUUGAAACUCUUACGUUGUUGUAGUCUCAAAGAGUUGCCUAGAGACACUAAGAAACUAAUCAACCUCAGAAAGCUUGAGAUUGAGGGUUGCAUUGCUUUGGAACAUAUGCCUCAUGGACUUGGGAAGCUUACUGAUCUCCGAACAUUAUCAAAAUUUGUGUUGAGCGAUAAUGUCUCUAGGCAUAUUGGUGAGCUAGAGGAACUAAAGACACUAAACAACUUAAGAGGAGACUUGUGCAUUAGUAAUUUGAAACCCAGGAUGGAAUCCAAGGCUGCAAAUUUGAAGGACAAACAGCACAUUCAAUACUUAGAGUUUGAUUGGUACGAUUGUGCUGAUGCAACAGAUGUUGUUGGUUAUGAAAUGACACUAGAAGACCUGCAACCACACCCAAAUCUUGAAGAAUUAACUUUACUUGGCUAUCAUGGUUCGAGGUUUUCAAGCUGGAUUCCAUCACUUACAAAUCUGGUCAGAUUUACCUUGGAGGGAUGUAAAAAAUGCCAGCAUUUACCACCAUUAUACCAGUUACCUUCUCUUAAGGUAUUGGAAUUAAAACGGUUACUUGCUGUGGAGUAUAUUUUUAAUAAUGAUGAUAACAACUUCCUGUCAUCAACAUCAUCAUUGACAUCCCUGAAAGUAGUCUACCUUGAAAAUUUGCCUAAUCUGAAGGGAUGGUGGAGAGAUGCAGACAAUCAAAUGCUGCCUUCAUUUCCCAAUUGUCUUUCUAAGUUAGUUAUCCGGGAUUGUCCCAAGUUGCAUUCCACACCUCUCACCCAUACUGACGUUGCACUUGUGUUGAAGAUCAAUUCAAGGACAUGGAAAUGUACAAGUCUAGGCCUGAUGAAUCUACAUAAAUGAAGUUACAGAAAGGCUCUUUGCAUUCUGAUUGUCAGACAAGGAAGUAGUAAUCUGAUUGUCAGACAAGGAAGAAGUAAAUCUCUUUCCAAUCGCAGAAAGGUAGACGCAGUUGUUGUAGUAUGUAUUUUCUCAUCAAUAUAUUAGUGAACUCUAUUACAUAUGGCUGCAUAAACAACAUAAUAAUCUUAUCACAAUUGUUCUUGCUAUCAAACCUUCUUCAAUAUGAUUUAACAAAUUUCAUGAUAAAGAAAUCUUUGCAGACAUGAAAAUCAUUAACACGGUAAUAUAUUUGUUAAAAGGGGCAAAGAGAUGAUCUGCAAGUGAAGUUGGUCUAUUAUCUUCUAUUGUCAGUUAGAUGCAUAAGAAUAUGAUAUUUGAUUGUCUAUUAUCCAUUUUGAGUAGGAGCAGAUACACGUAGUUUUUUCUUUUCUUUUUCUUUUCUUUUUUUUUUUUUUAACACUUUUUCGAGUACAAGAACAACGGUUCUUCACCUUAAUUCCUCAAUUAGUUUUCAUUAUUAGCCUUCAGUGGGAAUUCAAGUUUUUUUCUGAGGUUCUCUCUUUGUUAGUUUGUGCAUCUAUGUGUGUGAUUGUGCAUUUGGUUUCACAUAGCCUUUCAAGCUGAUGUGUUUCAAUUUCUUUUUCAAUGCUUUGUUUUCAUGCUUAGAAAAAGCUGUUGGAUUUCCAACCAUACAAUGAGCCUCAUCAGCAGAAGACCUCUUUGAAGUUUCUGUUUGCUAAAGUGAAAGCAUAUCUGUUUCAAUCUCACUGAUGGUUUGAAAUUCAAGAAACAAUUUCAAGCGCAGAAUGUUUCUGAUAUUAACUACAGUAGCAAGCAUAUCUAGGACUCGUAGCUAGAGAUCUUUUGGAGUUGUGAUCUAUGUAGUUCAACCAGAAAUGGGGGUGAUUACCAAUUUUCUUUUACGAAUUUUUGUAUAUUCUUACCUGAUUAGUCGCUUGUAUCCCAUUUCAUUUUGUUAAUAUAAUAUAUUUUUACUGGA